CCUGUCGGCUCAAGAACGUCUGUGAACGUUCUUGAACUAGAAACAACACACUCAGCGCGUAGCUGAAAUCGCUUGAAUCAGCCAUGAGUAAGACGCAUCCGCCUGAAUUGAAGAAGUACAUGGACAAGAGAUUAUCUCUGAAAAUCAAUGGUGGCAGACAUGUGACUGGAGUACUCAGAGGAUUUGAUCCUUUUAUGAACCUUGUGUUGGACGAGGCAGUGGAAGAGGUAUCAGCACAGGAAAAACAUAACAUCGGAAUGGUGGUGAUCAGAGGAAACAGUAUUGUGAUAAUGGAAGCACUGGAUAGAAUAUCAUGAAAAGACUCAAACUACUGGACCAGGUCUCUCUAACUUUGUUUUUAGAUAUAAUCACCAUCUUUCCUUGUAAAUAUCUACAUGAGUGUGUGUGCAAGUUUUUGCAGAAAUGUCUUACUGUCCUAGAAAAAUAUCAUUUCAUGCUUUCAUUCAGAAGUUUGUAAUAAAGCUCUUUAACAGAAAAAAAGAUUAUUGUCAUCAGUACACAUAUGAUAUGUAACACAACAUUUACUCUAUGUUUCUGUAUUAUUUAAAUGAAUUAAAAAAGGUAGCUUUUGUUGUA